AUGCAGCCAUCAAACGUAGUACCAGGUUCCUCCACCGCAAUAGCUGGCGGCAGUGACGACUGUGUACUUCUACCAGCAACCACCACAGGCUACGCCAACACAACAUCCACAGCCUCACCAAACGAGGUAUCAGCUUAUGCAAAGCACUUUGUAGGUGAAUGGGUUCCGUGUUCUGUUAGUUCUAAUUUUACCCCUCAUAUAAUCACAGCUAAUGUUGGAGAGAAAGUUAGAAGGAUUCGAACUGAUCCCUUGGCGGUUUUCAAUGGAAGAGUGAAAGGUUCAUUGAAGGUCACUCGGGCUUUUGGAACCGCAUUCCUGAAACAGCCCAAAUGGAACAAUGCUCUCCUGGAGAUGUUCAGAAUCGACUAUGUUGGAAAUUCCCCUUAUAUUCCCCGUUCCCCAUCACGUUGUCACCACAGACUUGAAUCGAUGGACAAAUUUUUGAUUUUGUCUUCAGAUGGCCUCUAUCAGUACUUCACAAAUGAAAAUGCUGUUUCUGAAGUAGAAUGGUUCAUGACUACGUUUCCUGAAGGCGAUCCUGCUCAACAUCUUGUCGAAGAAUUCUCAACAUCUUGGAAAUAUACUAUCAAACUGAUAAGAAUUCUUCAAUUUUUUGAGAAAAAGUUCAUAUUGAUGAAGUCGUCCAAGCAAACGUCAUGUGUGGGGAUAACGGAGGUUUGCCAUUCUGUGAAUCCAGGACAUCCGAUGAUGCUGUUGAUAGAUUGGAUUUGCUCGUCUUUCAAUGAUUUCGAUGCCAUUUUUGAAUACUAG